AUGGUGAAUAAAGAAGAAAUAACGAUCCCCACAGCUGAUCUUUCUCCAUUUUUGAAAGAAUUAGAUCAAGGAUCAUAUUCAUACGAUGAUGAUGAUGAUGAUCAAAAGAAGAAGAAGGCAGCUGCAAUUGAAAUAAUUGGAAAAGCUUGUUCUGAGUUUGGUUUUUUUCAAGUAGUGAACCAUGGUGUUCCACUUCACCUUAUGCAAAAAGCACUUUUGUUAUCAAAUCAGUUUUUUGGAUACCCUUUGGAUCGUAAACUUCAGGCAAGCCCUCUCCCCGGAGCUCCUAUGCCGGCUGGUUAUGGCCGCCAGCCGGACCACUCUCCUGAUAAAAAUGAAUUCUUUAUGAUGUUUCCUCCUCAUUCAACCUUCAAUGUCUUCCCUUCCCAUCCUCAAGGCUUUAGGGAAGUAGUGGAGGAGUUAUUCUCGUGUUUUGUGAAGACAGCUUCAGUAAUAGAAAAUAUUAUAAACGAAUGCUUAGGGCUUCCACCAAACUUCCUAAGUGAAUACAAUAACGACAGGAAAUGGGAUUUAAUGUCGACAUUCAGAUAUCCAAAUGCAAGUGAGAUUGAAAAUGUUGGACUUAGAGAACAUAAGGAUGUGAAUUUCAUCACUUUGUUGUUUCAAGAUGAAGUUGGAGGCCUUGAGGUUAAAACAGAAGAUCAUCAAUGGAUCCCAAUUAUUCCCAACCAAAAUACUCUUGUUAUCAACGUUGGAGAUGUCAUUCAGGUAUUGAGCAACGAUAGGUAUAAGAGCGCAAGCCAUCGGGUGGUGAGACAGGAAGGGAGAGAGCGUCAUUCUUAUGCAUUUUUCUACAACAUUGGAGGAGACAAACUGGUGCAGCCAUUGCCACAUUUCACUACCCACAUUGACCAACCACCAAACUACAAAUCUUUCAUCUACAAGGAGUACCUUCAAUUAAGAUUGAGAAACAAAACUCACCCUCCCUCUAACCCUCAAGAUAUCAUCAACAUUUCUUACUAUUCUACUACCUAA